GCAAGCCACGCACACUCACAAUAGAAGCAGCUGCAACCUUGCCUAGAAGCGGUGGGGGAGGGGAGAAACGAUUCCCCCCCCAUACACAUCACCUCUACUUAGCUGCAAGCACGGAGUAGGAAACAACAGCAUUGCGGGAACAACUGAAUGCGGCCAACUGCUUUUGGUGAACGAACUUCUUAAAGGAAACUUCUCUCAUUUGUCAAAUGCGCGCCAGGGUCAACGCUGCGUAUUGUUAACGCUUACCGGCAUUAUGAGAAUGUGCACUAAAAACACUGUUUCGCCGUCGUCGCCACUAACCUAAAGCCUCCCCUAACUGUCGGUAUUUCGGGGAUUCCUAAAAACACAGGAACCUACAGCUACUGCGGUGAACCCCGGAUGCUAUCACACACCUGGAGAUUUGCUGCAUUCGCGAUGAUCUGAGAGCGUGACUCCCGGGCGCUGAGCAGCGGCAUCCCUCUCGCCCCCUCUUUCGCUCUCUCUCUCUCUCUCUCUCUCUCUCUCUCUCUCUCUUUCCAUCCCUCCCCUCUCUUUCUUUCUCUCUCUCCGUAGGUCCACUACAGGCUACAAGUCAGUUAGCCGUUUUAGCCAGAACCAUGGAGAUGCUUGGUUUCAGGACCCUGGUCAGCGGCAGAGUUUUGCUGUGUGUGCUUGGUAUCCUGGCCCGGUCCAAGGUUCUUGCUGAGCAGGAGGGAGAGAACCUCUCCGGUCUCUCCACAAACCCGGACAAAGGAAUCUAUGCAGUUCGGGAAAACGGGACGACCUGUCUCAUGGUGGAAUUUGCUGUUCGGUUUGUGGUCCCAUAUGAUGUGCUGGCGCUAAACGGGAUUGAUUUGAUAACGGAACAGUCCUAUCUAGCACUGCCUCGUGGCGCGGAGAUCGAGGGAAAGUGCGGGAGCACGGAGGCGGAGAUUCACAUCUCGUGGAAGAAUAACGCCUACACGCUCCGUAUCUACUUCACAAAGGAAUUCCGUGACCAGGAAAAUGAAGUGUGGAAGUUUAGCAAGGUCCAGUUCGUUUAUGACACGUCGGAGACAUCCAAUUUCAUCAACGCUUACAACCCUGGGAAACACACUGCCAACUCCCACCACCUGUCUGCGCUAGUGACCCCUGCUGGCCGCUCGUAUGUCUGCCAGGCCCAGCAGACCCUCACCCUCAUCUCCACCGACCACCAGAAGGGAGUGACGGUUGCCAUGAGCGACAUUCAGAUCCAGCCCUUCGACAUCAACUCUGACUUCAUCUUUAGUGAACCUUUUAAAUGCAUCACUGACCAGAGAGAACGACUGGAGGAAACCCUUCCGCUGGUCCUCGGCUUCAUCUUAUGCCUCAUCAUUGGCAUCACGUUGACCGUCUACCACUUCCACCUCAAACUCACAGCCCAACAACAGCCACAGCUGCCCAGAGACCGCUCCAUGUACAAGAACAUGUAAGCAGCCCGCGCCAGCUUUUUCCAAAGUAAACACGAAAAUGACUGAGCUUCUUUCCCACGACAUCAAAGUACAUCUGGGGCAAAAACGUAACGACGAUGUGGGUCGAAUUCUAGAUUGAGAAGUGACGUAAACGUUCUCGAACAGUCAGAUGAUUGAUUUGCCUAAAUACGUCGAUGUUUUCUUUUCUUUUGUCAGACAUCUUUGAAUUGCCGCGCAAGCCUGCGCUUUCAUUCUCCUCCAUAACGUGUCCAGUUUUCUCUGACCUCACUGCUAAAGAAUCUCGGUCCAUUAGUCCAUAGUAAUAUAUUUGUGUGAAGUUUUCUUUGUUAAUCUUUUUUGAUUAUUUGUUAUGAAUGCAAUCCUAGUGGUAAAAGUGGACCGUGUUGUGGUGUGCAGGUGUUUUGUACGACCUUCACGAAAUCACGAAAAAGAAAUGUUUGCUUUGAGUGGGCGGAUCCUUUUCCAGAUCCCAGUUUAUGGAACAUAUCAGAAAAUAUCAAAUAAUGUACAUAAUUAAUUAGCUAAGAAAUCCUGUGAAGACUUGCAAAUGAAAUAUUAUAAAAUUAUCUGAGCCUAUCAGAACGUCUGAAGAAAGUGUAUCGUUGUGAAAGAAAAAUAUUUAAAAGAAUAGAUGUAUGAUAUUUUCCGAACGACUAUGCAUAAUUCUAUGCUGAUGCAAACUUUGAUGUGCAGUAUUCCGUUCACUAAAAUAAAUUUAAUGGGAGUCAUAAAACUGCGCAUAGAGUAAGUUUUUUUUUUUCGACUGUCGACUGCCUCUGUCUGGUGUCAUUGGGCCAACUUGUUGAUUCAGAAAGAUCGUUACCACCUCUUGUCCCAUUAUUUUUCACCGAAUGACAGUUAAUCAAAUACAGUAAAUGGAUUAUCCUGUUAGAUGCAACGAGCGGCACCAAGGUGCAACUGCGACCAGUGUGAUCGAUGCUCCUGGCGGGAAAGACG